AUGUGGAGAGCCAUCGUGCGACCCUUCGUCCCUUUCCUCCCGGAGAUUGAGAAUCCGACCAAGCGGACCGCGUUCAGGGAGAAGGUUAUGUGGACUGCCGUUACACUUUUCAUUUAUCUUGUGUGCUGCCAGAUCCCCCUUUAUGGAGUUAAGAACACCAAGUCCUCCGAUCCUCUGUACUUUGUGCGUGCUGUCUUGGCCGCUUCCAACCGCGGAACUCUUAUGGAGCUUGGAAUUUCGCCAAUUAUCACCUCGUCUAUGAUCAUGCAGUUCCUGGCUGGUACACGCAUUAUCCAGGUAGAUCAGGGUCUCAAAGAAGAUCGCGCUCUCUUCUCCGGUGCUGAGAAGCUCAUGGGCCUCAUCAUUUGCCUUGCUGAAGCUUCUAUGUAUGUGUUCUCGGGCAUGUAUGGAGACCUCUCGGUGCUCGGAACUGGUAAUGCCAUUCUUAUUAUCACUCAGCUCUUCGUCGCUGGUAUGAUUGUUCUUCUUCUUGAUGAGCUGCUCCAAAAGGGGUACGGUCUCGGUUCUGGUAUUUCCUUGUUCAUUGCCACCAACAUCUGCGAAACUAUUGUCUGGUCUUCUCUGUCGCCCACGACAAUCAACAUUGGCCGAGGUAAGGAAUUCGAAGGAGCAAUCAUUGCCUUCUUCCACCUUUUGAUUACUCGUGAAAGCAAGAUCCGCGCAUUCCGUGAAGCACUCUUCCGCCCCGAUCUGCCGAACAUUUCAAACUUGGUCGCCACAGUCCUUGUCUUUGCCAUCGUUAUCUACUUCCAAGGCUUCCGUGUUGACCUUCCGGUCAAAUCGAAUCGCAUCCGUGGAGCGCAAGGCUCUUACCCUAUCAAGCUGUUCUACACUUCGAACAUUCCCAUUAUUUUGCAGACUGCUCUUGUUUCCAACCUUUACUUCGUGUCUCAAAUCUUGUACCGUCGGUACCCGACCAAUCUGUUUGUUAACAUUAUGGGACGGUGGACCACAAUCCAGGACUCGGCCCAGAUGUUUCCGAUCGGUGGUUUAGCCUAUUACAUUUCGCGACCGCGCAAUAUCGCCGCCGUACUUGAAGACCCGCUUCGUGCCAUCAUAUACUUAGCAUUCAUUCUUUCCGCUUGUGGUCUUUUCAGCAAGUACUGGAUUGAGGUGUCAGGAUCUUCUGCUCGUGAUGUGGCGCGACAGCUGCGUGAUCAGCAGAUGACUCUCAAGGGUCAUCGUGAUACGUCUCUAGUCAAGGAACUGAACCGCUACAUCCCGACCGCUGCCGCUUUCGGAGGAAUUUGCAUUGGUAUGUUGACUAUCAUGGCUGAUUUUCUUGGUGCGAUCGGCUCAGGCACCGGAAUUCUGAUGGCUGUAACCAUCAUUUACCAGUACUUCGAGAUUUUUGCCAAAGAAGGGGCAAAUGACUCUGGCCUCAUGUUCUUCGGAUAAGAAUGGCCAGGGUUGACUGGAUGAGAAUGUGCUGUUUGGAUAUUUGCGCGCGUUAUCGCGAGGGUCGGCGCGGUACAUGGUAUAUUUUCCGUGAAGGAGGGGAAAUGGGUAAAUGACAGGCUUGUAGAUAAAGCAUCGCCUGGCUUAGCGAGAUGAGAAAGAAAGAGUUAACUUCGAUACUGACGGUUCAGCGAUGGAGAGACAAGGGGUUGUUUUUGUCCUUUCAUGCUGAAUGCUGUUUUGCCAUACAUUUCGUAAACGACUGUGAGAGCAGCUCAGCAAAAACUUUUCUGCCGUAUUGUGAUAUUCGCCGUUGAACAGUUGUUGAUCCCUCAUCAGACUCAAGAUUACCGACAUAGUGGAAACGGUGCGUUGAAGCAGAAUCUACAUAAGCUGAGGAGGUUACCAUCCUCCAGACCACUGGUGCCUUUUGAGCCGGAGAUUUGCUUAAAAAUUGUUGUGUACGCGGCUGACGACGAAGGGUCGCCACUGCCUCCGGUCUACAGGGUAGAGCCUUCGUAAUAAAUUGUAAUCAUUAGAGAAUAUAUCGAUCUGUAUUGUAUCAGAAAUGGA